CGGCGGGGCGCGGAGCGCCGGAGGAAGUGCGGGGUGAAAAAGAAAGAGAAACAGGCGGGCAGGGCUCGCCCGGCCGCGGCGGAGCGGCCAUCUCGGCUGGGAGCGGGGCCGCAUCCAUGGAGUUACCGGGCAGGCGCUCCUAAGGAGGGCCCGGGCGGCGCGGCCCCGGCAAUGACACCGGAUUGAGCCGCCGAGGGGGCUCUCCCGGCCGGGGACUGCGGGAGCAUCCCCCGCCCCCGCCUCCUCCCGCCUGUCACCCCAGAGACCGGCGCAACUCCGGGCGGACACUCCUGGCCAAGAUGGAAGAAAAACGACGCAAGUACUCCAUCAGCAGUGAUAACUCAGACACCACUGACAGUCACACCACAUCCAUCUCCAGAUGCUCCAAAAUUCCGAAUACCAAAUCCCCCUGGUCACGGCAGAAAGAGAAGAAGCCCUCUGAGGUUUUCCGGACGGAUCUGAUAACAGCCAUGAAGAUCCCUGACUCCUUCCAGCUGAGUCCUGACGAAUACUAUGUUCUGGCUGAUCCUUGGAGGCAGGAGUGGGAGAAAGGUGUCCAGGUGCCAGCAAGUGCCGAGGCCAUCCCUGAACCUGUGGUCAGGAUCAUCCCCCAGCUGGAGAGCUCGCUUUCACGGGUUUCACCGAGCAGCCUGCCUGGCUCUGAGAUUUCAGAAGCUACAAGGACUUAUUUGCAAGGAAUGAGUCGCUAUGACCUGGAUGAGCUCGAUGCCUGCUGGUUGGAACUUGUUAACAUGGAGCUUAAGGAGAUGGAAAAGCCUGAGCUGGACGAGAUCACCCUGGAACGAGUGCUGGAGGAGCUGGAGACCAUGUGCUAUGAGAACAUGAACAUCGCCAUCGAGACCGAGGAGGGCUUGGGCAUCGAGUACGACGAGGACGUGGUGUGUGACGUGUGCCGGUCACCGGAGGGGGAGGACGGCAACGAGAUGGUGUUUUGUGACAAGUGCAACGUCUGCGUGCACCAGGCGUGCUAUGGCAUCCUGAAGGUCCCCAUUGGGAGCUGGCUGUGCCGGACUUGCGCCCUCGGUGUUCAGCCUAAGUGUCUGCUGUGCCCCAAGAGGGGGGGAGCACUGAAGCCCACCCGGAGCGGGACAAAAUGGGUCCACGUUAGCUGUGCCUUAUGGAUACCUGAAGUUAGCAUUGGAUGUCCUGAAAAAAUGGAACCCAUUACGAAGAUCUCCCAUAUCCCAGCAAGCAGAUGGGCUCUGUCCUGCAGCCUCUGCAAGGAGUGCACUGGGACAUGCAUUCAGUGCUCCAUGCCAGCCUGUGUCACCGCGUUCCACGUCACCUGCGCCUUCGACCACAACCUCGACAUGCGGACUAUCCUUGCAGACAACGAUGAAGUGAAGUUCAAGUCCUUCUGCCUUGAGCACAGCACUGGGGCCACCAAGUUGCCUGAGGAGGCACGGACAGAGCCCGACCAAGCUCAGCUGGACUUGGAGAAGGUCACGCUGCGGAAGCAGAAGCUCCAGCAGCUGGAGGAGGACUUCUAUGAGCUCGUGAAGCCUUCAGAGGUGGCAGAGAACCUUGACUUAAGUGAAUCACUGGUGGAUUUUGUCUAUCAGUACUGGAAGCUGAAGAGGAAAGCAAACUCCAACAAACCACUGCUUACACCAAAAACAGAUGAAGUGGACAACUUGGCUCAGCAAGAGCAGGAUGUUCUCUACCGACGCUUAAAGCUUUUCAUGCACCUCAGGCAAGACCUGGAGAGGGUUAGAAAUCUCUGUUACAUGGUGACGAGACGGGAGAAAAUGAAACACACCAUUUGUAAACUGCAGGAGCAGAUCUUCCAUCUCCAGAUGAAGCUUAUUGAGAAAGAUCUUUAUCCAGGUGUACUUGAGAAAAGCAUGGCUGCUGUUCCCAGGAUGUUUGUUCUGCCUAAAGAACAAACUGGGAAGAAGACAAAGGGUAAGAAAAGUGACCCAAGAAGGAAAGGAAGAGAUGGUAGAAAAAAUAGUCCUGAGAAGACAGAGAAAAGGAAAUCGGUCAGCGAAACUGUUUUGGGACAACUGGGCUUGUCAACCUCCUUCCCCAUCGAUGGGACCUUCUUCAACAGCUGGUUGGCACAGUCAGUGCAGAUCACCGCAGAGAACAUGGCGAUGAGCGAGUGGUCACUCAACAACGCCCACCAUGAGGACAGUACCCCUGGCCUCUCCGAGGAGCUCCUCCAGGAUGAGGAGACCUUGCUGAGCUUCAUGAUGGACCAUUCCCUCAGGUCCCCAUUCAGGCAGAGUGAGGCCACAAAGAAAGUGAAAAGCAGAACGAGAAUGAACACUAAGAAAAAGCCGCCAAGGAGCAGCCCCUCUGCAGCGGGUGGGGGCCACCCAGAGGGCUCGGAGCCCUGGACUAACAAUGCCAGCCACUUCUCAGAUGAUCCCACCAAGCCCUUCACUCUGGAUUCCAGACCAAGCAAGUCAGAAAAAGGGGCAACAAAGCUUCCCACUGACCGCAAAGGGACAGGUGAGGCCAAAAAGGUGGCCAAGAAGGGCUCUCUCCAGAAAGCCAGUGAGCCUCAUCCCCCUGCUGGGACACGGGGCUGCGUCAGCCAGGAGGAGGAGACACCGCACUGUGCUCAGACGGAGCCCAGCCCCGCAGCCAAAGUGCCUGACUCCAUAGGUAGCCCCAAAACCAUCGUGCGGUUCAAAUUACCAAAGGAGAGCCGGGGGACGCGGAGGUCGCAGCCCCCCAAGGCUGACAGCACGGGUGGAGCUCCCUUGCGUCGCUUCGACGCUGACACGGACGGAUACUUCUCUGACGCUGAGAUGAGCGACUCGGAUGGGGAGUCCCAUGACAGCCGGGCGCAGCGGGGCCAGCUGGAUGCAGCUGGCGAGGACAUUGUCAGGAUGAGCAUCCUGGCAUCCUAACUCCUCCGACCAGACCGGCUUGAUGAAGCCUCAACCCAGUUCCAACUGCCAUGUCCAAUUUCUGCCUGGUAGCACGGCAAGGGGGGUUUUUAAUAUGUGUAUAUAGUUGGAAAUUCGGCACUGUUGUCUUUCUUUUUCAAAACGCCUGAGAUACAGCUUUAGCUUCACCAACAUCGAUGACUGUGACAGCAGUGGUCCCUCCCCAGCUCCCUGCCAGACCCCACUUCCUGGGAAUGUGAGCCAGCACCCGCCAGGACUGAUGUCGAGGGUGCUGAGAGUGUGGAGGGUGCUGGUACCCAUGCUUUCUGCAGAGAUGACAGUUCAAUAAAUGGGCAUUAUUUAAUGAGGGGCAGAUUUCUGCCUGGGAUGGUUGCCCUCAGAGCAGGGAGUGAGUAGAGUGUUCAGCAGUGGCCAGCUGUGGGAGGGGGAAUUCCGACCUGUGUGUGCAGAGAGAAGAAAGCAAAGUAAGCGAUUCUAAAAUAAAAAACGACUAAAGCACAAAAAGCUUGUUGGAGGAAAACGCUUGGGGUGGAAGAGAGCAAUGUUACAUUUCUGUUUUUAGGGAAAAAACCCUUCAUCAUUUUUCCCUUUACCUUUCCAUUUGGUUGGGAUCCGUCCAGGGGCCAGGAUGCAAACGUCCUCCCCAUCCAUGUCCCCACUGAGGUUCUUAGAAACUCUGAAGUCAUUUACUCAGUUGAAUGGAUCAGCAAGUGGAAAAUGGAGAUGUGGGGCAGGAUGGAGGAAGAAAGCGUCCUUUAAAACCACUGUGGGGAGUCAGGGUUGGUGUAACCUGGGAGGCUGAGCAAUUUUUUUUGCCCAUGCUUCUUUCCAAUGCUGCUGUGGUCCCACCAUGCCAGGGCAGCACAUUUGAAAUCCUCCUUGCAAACCAAAACCAUGGCCUCAAGGCCAAAUGUGCCAUCACUGAGGGGAAAUGUCAACCCUUGCCACCACCAUUGUGUUUUCCAACUAAAUGCUACAAUGAAAAUGGUGAAUUUAUUCCUCUCCAUCCUUUGUUUUGGUUUGGUUUUUUUUUAACCUUAAAUCCUGGUUACAAGCUGUUGACUCAUUGUGGAGGGGUGAUUCACAGAAGCUGACGUUAUAAGUAUUACAGUAAUUUAAUGCAUAAAACGUCCCCAGUAAGCCUUAAAUGUUGUUUAAAAGCCCAUGUUACCUAUAAGUCAGGCGAAUUUCCAUAUUUGCACUUAAUUGCACCAUUACUUUGGUUUUGGCUUCAAAGGUCACAGUUAAGUCAUGCUACGUGUUUUAUUGGAGUGACCCCAGUGUGAGCUCAGGGAACAAAAAAAAAAGGAAUUCACUGAAACUUUUGUUGUUGUUUUUUAAAAAAAAAAAAUGAAAAAAAAACUUUUAAAAAAAAAAAAAAAAAAAAACCAACAAAACAAAAAACAAAACCAACCCAAUACCUGGGACACUUCUGCAACUGGUUAAAUCCAUCACUAAACAAAAAAAUCCUUGCAAUUGUCAAACCAAUCAGUCAAAGAAUUUUGUGGAUGCCAAAGAAAUAUAUUGACAGUCAAGCAGCACAGCCAGAAACCGGAAACUUGUCAUUAUGAAAAAAUUGGAAGUUAUUUAGCAACCAAGGACAAAAGACACACUCAUACCACACUGCUGCGGCGUUAGGUUCCAGGCUUGCUCCGAGGGAUGCUGCUGCUCCGAGACCGCAUCCUACCAUUUUGGUUUCCAAUGCUUUUUGCUCAUUUCACUGUGAGCUUUCUUUUUGAAACUCUGAGACUAUUUUGAUUGAUGUUUUAGAGUAGGUCAUCAUCUUUAUCAGCCUUCCAAAGUCCUUAUUAUUGAUAAAAUUGCAGCAAAGAUCAGCGAUGACAGCCCAGUUGAUCCCAGACAUGGUGACUGAUGGGGGCUUCGGGUGGGAUGCCCAGCCCUGCCUAAGCCCAAUCUGGCUGAGACUGACCAUGCCUGGGGAGGAAUCAUCCUCACAUGGGAAAAAUGUGACACAAGUUAUUAGUGGGAAAAAAACAAAAAAAGAAAAAAACAGCAAAAUACCAACAAAACAGGAACCACCUUUGUUAUAAAUUAGCAUAAUUCAUUGAGGUUGGAAAUGUCAUUAAGGCUCAGUAUGUUCAGAUAAUGUUAAAUACCGUAAAUAGGACUUAGUUUAUCUUAUCAGGCUUGCUAGCUUUAGCUCCAGUAUCCUAGUAUACGAGUCAUAACAAUAAUCAAUAUGCUGCCUUUUAAUGAAUCUUGCUUCCGUGUGCUUCACUCAAUUAUGGUAAAAAAAAAGCAAUCCACAAAUUUCACUGUACACAGUUCCCAUUCAUCAGCUUCUGCACUACUUGUCUUCUCAGUACAGGAAAGCAAAAAGGGGGAAACUUUAAAGAACAACCAACCUCUAGCAUUGGGCAAUAACACAGUUUGAAACACUCCCAGAACAUCAGGAUCAUAUUUUGACAUCAGGAGGUGAGGGGAAAGCUGAGUGCUGAUGGGGUGCAGGGAGAAGAAUGGGAUGGCAGGAAUAAAGAGGAGGAAAAGGGCUCUGGUGAGCUGUGGGGCUGAGCAAGGGCUGGACCAUGGCAGGAUAGCUGCAGCCACCUCAGAGCAUCCCCUGCCUGGAGUGUCCUUGGAGUAGGGGAGUCUGGUGUUCUGGAGAGAAAAUGCACAAGGAAAAUAUUUUUUAUGUUAAUGUAAAUGUAUUUUGAAAUGAAUAGAAAGAGAAGAAAAAAGUCUAUUUUAGUACAGAAAUGUUAUCUUUUAAGAUGUAUAAACUGCAGGAAUCAACAUUUGCACUGUAAAAGCACCUGUUUCCUUGGAGAAGCAGCCACUGUUGAGAUAAGGAUACAGAAAGCAUCAUUCCCUCAUGGAGCACAGUCCCACACCAGCCCCAGCCCUGAUGGCUGAGGGGGUUUCCCCAGGACAGCUCCCAUGCCACACCCAUUUUCCCCACACCCAACUUUUGAUUUUUUCCUUUUUCUUUUUUUUUUUCCCUUGCACCUGUUUUAUGGGGUUAGGAUGCCUCUGCUGUCCCGUGGAGCUCACCCCAAGGUUGGAUGCAGAAUGGAGGUAAGAUGGAAGCAGGCUGCAAGAAGAUGCUGCUACAGGGCAGGGCAUGAGGUUUGGUUGUUCUUUAAGGAAUUCCCCUGCAGUUUGCACCAUUCCACAUUGAAAACAACCCACUUCACAUCAGUUACAGGAAACGAUAUGAAUGUCGCAGGAGGAGAAACCCUUCUGUUUUCUUUGUUUCAAAGAACGUGAUGUGCCAUUUGUUAAUACAAAAGAGAAAUAUUGAAAAUAUAUUGAAAAGAGCAAUUUUAAAUUAUUUUUGCUUAUGUUGCAAUAUUUAUUUUCUUGUAUUAGAAAUUCCUUUGUAGAGAAAAAAUGUAUUUUUCAUUAAUGCAAAAACCUAUUUCUCCUUUUUGUACAUUUCCCAUGUUAGUUAAUCCUUAAAGCAAUAUAAUGUUACCAAACUUGUUCUGUGUGAGACUGUAUUAUGCAUGCUAUUUGUGUUGCCUUGGAAUAGCUCUGUCUGCUGUUACUUUCAUCCUGUUUAGAUACAGUGUAUGCUGUAAUACACAUUGGGACCAUGGCCCAUUGCUUACAAAAAAAAGCCCUUUGCAUUCCUCAAUGUGUUGGCAAAUGCACUCAAUAAAGCAGUGUUUUCUGUGUA